AUGGCUGCCGCAUGCAUUUGUCAACCUAAUCUUCUUGAGAUUAAUGUAUCUGAUGGACCACUGGAUAUGAUCCGCAAGAAAAGAAAAAUACAACAGCCGCAACUACGUCCACCCCUUCGAGAGAAUAAAUGCCAACCACACUUUUCUGUACGAAAGGUAAACCAGUCUUACAUAAUUUCUCUCCAUAAAGAAAUCACAUGCCAACUCAUUGCAGAAAUUGUCAAACAAAAGUUAUCGAGGAUUUGGGAAAAAGUAUACAUACCAUCUUAUGAACUGAUAUCAGACAAAGACGGUAAUCAAAUUUAUGUGGAACAGAGUGUCGACGAAAAUAGGCUAACUUCUGAGAUUAUGGAGAAACUGGACCCCAACAAUAUUGAUAUAGAGGCGAUCGAAAUAUUAUUCGACGACUAUCACCUAGAAUUAUCACGCUUGACAAACGGUAUUAUUAUAUCUAGUGCCAAUGAUCACUUUUACAGGGAAUUCUCCUUCAAUAACAUAAUUGAUGACAACUUUAAAAUUUGUGGAACAAGCAUGUCUGCAGACAGUUUUGAUAAGAUUUAUGGCGUUAUGUGGAUUGAAGUACCUUUCAAUGGCAAUGGCUUACAGAAUGAUAGCGCCGUUAAUAGGGUUUCAACAUCUCACAAUCAGAUAGAAGAAUUGAAUGACAUAGAGCAGGAGAUAAGAGCUUUUAAUAUUAGUCGAAGUAAUCAAGAAAGUAUCAUCAAAAAGGAAGUAUCUAGAAGAUUGAAUGGGCGGUAA